AAGAUAAAAAAAUAAAAAAAUAAAACGAACAUAACUCUCAUCAUCAAAAUCAUCAUCAUCAUCUCACCUCUUUCUCUCUUUACUCAACUCCCAAAUCCCCCAACAAUUUCCACACCUUUCUUUUUAUAAUUAUAAUUAUAAUUAAUUAUUUCCAUCUUUGGAUCAAAUGUUUAUUGAUUGUACGGCUUAGAAUCCAUCUAUCCUGAUACACCCUUCUUCUCUAAUUCUUGAAAUACACUCAUUAAUCGUUAUGUGCAGUGUGUCUUUUUAUAACGGGGGAUUGUAAACUGAUGGACGGUGAACGUUGAUAGUCUAAUUGAGCGUAAUCUCGGUGGGUAGAGAAGCUGAUAUGAUUCCUCGGUUUCCAGUUACUGAAACUCCUCCUCCUCCCGGCAUUAGUGGAGAUAGUAUGGAAAUCGAUAGUGAUCCCUUUCAUCACUCGGAGGCGGUUCCAAAGGUAAUGGAGGCUGAUGUAGAGCUAUCUCGUCAUCGUAUAUCUGUAUUCCUUUCUACACAUACCGCUUAUGACCUGCUUCCAGAAUCUGGCAAGGUUGUCGCCUUGGAUGUUUCUCUACCGGUUAAGCAAGCUUUCCAUGUUCUCUAUGAACAGGGAAUUUCAGUCGCCCCUCUUUGGGACCAUGCAGUUGGUCGAUUUGUCGGAAUACUUAGUCCGUUAGACUUCAUCUUGAUUCUUAGAGAGCUGGGGAAUCAUGGAUCGGAUUUGACAGAGGAGGAGCUUGAGACGCAUACGAUAUCAGCUUGGAAAGAGGGUAAGUUACAGCUUACAAGGAAAUUUGAUGGUAAUGGAUCAUUGCAUCCAAGACGUCUCAUUGAUGCUGGGCCCCAUGAUUCGCUAAAAGAUGUUGCUUUGAAACUGUUGCAAAACAAGGUUGCUACUAUUCCAAUCAUCUCACACGAUGGUUCAAUCCCCCAGCUGCUACAUUUGGCAUCCUUAACCGGAGUUCUAAAAUGCAUCUGCAGACAUUUUAAACAUGCACACGACUCUUUGCCAAUUCUUCAACAACCAAUUUGCUCAAUUCCUCUGGGCACGUGGGUCCCAAAAAUUGGGGAAUCAAAUGGACGGCCAUUAGCAAUGUUGAGAGCCAAUGCCUCUCUUAGCGAUGCCUUGUCUUUAUUAGUUCAAGCCGAAGUGAGUGCAGUGCCUAUAGUGGAUGACAAUGACUCGUUGCUGGACAUAUACUGCCGAAGCGAUAUCACUGCUUUGGCAAAAGAUAGAGCAUAUGCACAAAUUCACCUCAAUGAACUGAGCAUUCAUCAGGCGUUACAACUUACUCAAGAAGCAAGUGCAACUUAUGGCUUUUUUAACGGACAAAGAUGUCACAUGUGUUUGAGAACUGAUCCGCUGCAUAAAGUAAUGGACAGGCUCGCUAUUCCCGGAGUUAGGAGACUUGUUAUAGUGGAGGCAGGAAGCAAACGUGUAGAGGGAAUCGUUUCAUUAACUGAUUUAUUCAAGUUUUUGCUUGGAUAACCCAAUAACCAUUUUAGUCCUCUUCAUAUCCUCAAAACAAGUGAUGGUUCUGUCUUAUGUCGAGUCUUUGGUUGGUACACGGUCUGAGCUUUUGGCUUCCGGGUUUCUUUCCUUUUUUUCUUCCUUUAUUUUAUGCUUUUAGUUAAAAAGAAAAUUAUGUAAAUUGAAAGAGGAGUUAAUUUAUUUUUUUUGUUUUUGCCCUGGCAUCAAUGUAAGGCAUCACUGUCAAGUAGACUUUACUGGUUCCAACUGUGCCAUUGGGUAAGCUACAUUGUAUCAUUUCUCUCCACGCACCAUGAUCUACAGGACCGCUUGGUUAGGACUAGGAUAGGUUGGGCUGAUGCCCUUUCAUGGGUGUGACUGAUUAUAGCAGCAUUGGUUAUAGACAUGAGGACUGUUCAAAAAAGAAUGUUUACAAUGGCCAUUUUAGUAGUCCGGAGGCUUGAUUUUAUGUUGGUGUUUAUUUUGUUAUCCUUUUAACAAUGUAACUAUUGUGUCUCCAGUAGCCAGCCAUUCUCAGGGGUAUAAUUAUUAUCUAUGAAAAUUUAAGAUGUUAGCCUAUAGGCUCUUAAUAAAAGUUAUGUGACCAUUUCUUUUA